UGUCACCAUCUCUUUAAAGCUCACCUGUUGUGAAAGCGGUCAUUAAAUCUUCACAUUAAUCUGGCAGGUAUGCGCCCCUCUAAUAAAGCAAUGAUGAGAAUUAUUGCAGUAGCCAUGAAAGAACCCGAUGGGUAUAUAUGUGGCCAGUUCAGGUUUCAUCUCCACAACGACAGCAAGGUAACCAUAUGGGACCUUGAACCUCAAGCAAGAUUAUUCACAAAACCUCUUAUUUUACCAAGAGAUAUUUAGGAUUUUUUGAAAAAUGAACUCUCAAGUGAUCUUUUUCAUCCUUUUGUCACUGGGCACUUUGGUGUGCGCUUUUCCACGCACCGCCUUGCGUAACUUUCACAGACAUCCCGGGCAAGAUUUUGAAUCUUCGGGAAAUGGACCAGACGAACCUAUUCGGGGAUCCGUCAGAGUUGUGAAACUGAGCCCUCAUUUUCUGCGGCGCGCUCCCGGCGCCUUUGGAAAUCACGCGCCAUCAAGGACCCGCAGCGCGUUUCCCGCUUUCUUGAACCUCGGGCGUCCCGGACCGUCUGUCCUGACCCAUAACAAACCCGAUGCCCUGCUCCAUCACCUGGGCGCGAGCAGCACCGGAGACGCAAUAAAGAAACAGAGACUCGAUAUGUGGCGGAGAGUGACGCACAAAAGCGAGCGAGGCAGAGAGGCCGUGGCGCUACGCGUCAAUCCUAAAAAGAUGACCAAACAGAGCUGUGCCGCAGUACCAUUCACACAGCGCAUAACGGAGGAGGGCUGUGAGACGGUGACCGUUCACAAUCAUUUGUGUUUUGGUCAGUGCAGCUCUAUGUUCGUGCCCUCCGGCGGGGAGUCUCUAGGACAGCGGGAGGCGCACUGCACGCGCUGUGGCCCUUCCAAAUCACGCACUGUGCUCGUGCCCCUGCGCUGCGGGACAGAAGUGCGACAGAGACGCGUCAUGGUCGUCGAAGAGUGCCAAUGCCAAACUGGUAGCGGGGAGGUCAAACCUCAGAGCACUGAUAAGUCUCAUUUAUGAAACCAUAUUUGAACUUUUAGGGGCUUUUGAGGUACACCAGACUAAAUUGGUUUUAAGGGGUUUGGACACUUUUUUACAGUCAGAAAAAUUGUUCCUGUCACUCUGGCAGUGCCCUUGAAAGGGUCCUAAUAUUUACAAUUUAGGUACAGAUAUGUUUAGUACCAAUAUGUACCUCAUGGCUAAAGAACUCUCUUGGUGCAAAGGUGUACUUUUUGAAAGGGUACCACCUAAGUGACAGUUUGGGAACAUUUUUUAUGACAGUGUCUUAGCUCUUCAGACUGGAGGACCAGCUGUACACCAGCUUUGCCAAGAUGAGAGGACCACCUGAAACCAGCAUAGACCAGCCAACCAACUUAGGCUGAUUUGAGCUGUUUCAGUGUGUGUGCUGAGGCCCAAUAUCCUCACUUACAGAAAUAUCAUGACAACCAACUGGUGAUGAUGAUAUUCUCUCUUUGUGUGUGUGUGUGUGUGUGUGUGUGUGUGUGUGUGUGUGUGUGUGUGUGACAGAAGAGAGUCGGGGAGAGUGUGAGCACUCAGUUUCCUCAGGCAUGAAUUAAUAGUCACACAAAUGUGGAAGACUUGUGAUAAAUGUCGUGUGUGUCUGACAGCCAACCUUAAUCAGAUUUGGUUUAUGUUGAAAAUGAGUCCCUGUGAAUGCAGGGGUAAAUGUUUGUCUUAUACAGUAUUUCAGCUGUACCUUUGUGUAAUGACAAUGCUAUUCCUACGAGAUUAGUUUAAGAUGAGUUUAAUUUAUUGAAUGGAUUAAAUGGAAUUACAUGUAAUGACGCAGUUUCACCAGUAAGUGUCGCUGCUGUAUGAAAAUGAUUCAGUAAUGAAUUUGUUAAAUGAUGCCCACCUUGAUGCCUAUAUCCAAAACAUGGUGAAUUUACCUGUAUUUACCCAAUGUAAUAUUUUACAUUGAGAUGUAAGGAUGUAUUUGAGCCAGUCUAGCUGCAAUAUCAGGGUUUUGUUUUUGGGAUGUCAAUAAAAGCAUUUAGAAAA